AUGAAUGAAACUAUCAAAGUCAGCGAACAAUCAAACAAAAUUCCAAGACCUCCAAAUGCUUUUAUUCUAUAUAGAAGGAGAAAACAAAUUGGCAUCAAGGCACAAAAUAAAAAUCUAACAAAUGCACAAAUAUCAAAGGUUAUCUCUAAAAUGUGGAAAGAUGAAAACCAUGAAACAAUACUUUAUUAUGAGAAACUUGCUGACACCAUUAGUAAAAAUUCAUUGAAGAUUAAUGCAAAGACUCUGUCGACUCUUUCAUUUACUCACCCUAAAGAAUCUCCUGAUAUAUCAAUUAUCAAUGAAAAUAAUACAAUUCCUUUUGAUCAAUUAUAUUUCGACACUUCUAAGUAUUUCGACGAAAAUAAUAAAUUAAAUUUCGACACUUCUACAAAUUUCAAUGAAAAUAAUAUUAACUACCCAAUUUAUGAAUUAAAUUUCGGCACUUCAAAUAUUAACCGCUUAAUUUCUUUUAAUGAAUUAUAUUUCAACGAUGCUUCUUUAAAUUUUAAUAAUCCAUUCACGAAUUUCUACUCAAUGUAA